GUUUUCUUUUUAACUCGAAUACCCUGAAAUUCAACACAGAAAAUCAAGCAAAAAACCAAAAGAAAAUUCUAUUACAUUUUUGUUACUUUAUUUAAAUUUUUAAGUGUAAUUAACGUGCAUUGAGUGCGAUUAUGACCAGAUUGGAGUGCGUGUUCGUUGCUGGUUUACUCCACGUGAUGCAGUUCCUGGCGCUAUAUUCCAAAUGUUCGAAUAUUCCGAAUGUUCCGCAGAUACCCUCGCUGAUUGUGGGUCUGGCUGCAAUGGAUCUCAUAUGGGACAAUUGCUUCGUUCCCCGGGCACUUUAUGUUAUGCCGUCACUGAUCAGGCGGAUCUACGAAGUGGCAGUGGCAUACAUGCUCCUGCAGAUAGCCGUCCAGGGGUUCUGGAAGACAGUGGAGGAGUUCUGCGUCAUACUGAUGAGCGUCAUAGUACUCGGAACGGGCCUCGUCUCGAAGACCACCUAUAGAAACAACGAGAGCUACUGGGUGGGCAGCCUUACUGUACCGCUGUCCCUCCUCAUCCUGGCAUUCGCCGGCCACGCCACCGACCACUUCCGAGUGUUCCACAAUGGCUUCUUCCAUGUGCAGCAGAGGGUUGAGCUGCGCUGGAAGGAGACCCUGAGGUAUAUCACUCGCAAUCCGGGCAGGAAGCUGGCCCGCAUCGUGCCGAUUCUUCAGAUGCACAAGGAUCUGGCGCGCCGACCGCGUCGUCGAAGGACGACCUUCGUGGGUUAAUUCAAUCCCAGGGCAUUAAAGUGAAAUUUCUAAUACGCAGGUACUUUCAAUUGGA